AAAAUAAUAACACUGAUAGUUAGCCAUCUUUAAUGUCCACAAACAAGCUUGUAAAUCGCUACACAACUAAAAACGUGUCAAUUGUGUUAAGUUUGAUGUCAGACUGGCGCUGGAUCUGAUGGACGCGCGUCAUGAUGAGGCGCGCUCUGUGUCGCUGGUGUGCGCGUCACACGGCCAGCGCGUGCUCGGGGUUCUUCAGGACUUCCGGGAGAGGCGCGCGCUGUUCGACUUCCGCAUCCGGGUGCAGGGGGAGACGCUCCCGUGCCACCGCUGUGUUCUCGCGGCCUGCAGCGACUUCUUCAGGGCCAUGUUUGAGCUGGACACGCGUGAGCGAGACGACGGCUCCGUCACACUCAGUAACCUCUCGGCUCCCGCCGUUCACGCUUUCCUCGACUUCGCUUAUUCCGCUCACAUAGAGAUCAGAGAAGACAACGUGGACAUGCUGUUCCAACUGGCUUCUUUCCUGCAGGUCAGUUUCCUGUCACAUGCUUGCAGUGACUUCCUGGUCCAAACCCUGGAUCUCUCGAACUGCCUGCACCUGUUAGCGGUCGCGGAGGGAUACGGUUCCGCGCACCUGCUAAGUCACGCCACAGAGUUCGUCACGCAGAACUUCCACACGCUUUCCUCCGGACCGGAUUUCCUGGAGAUGCCGGCGCUGGUGCUGGAGCGCUGCUUAGCAUCUGACAUGCUCAGCGUACCGGAUGAAGCUAGCGUCCUGCACGCACUACUCCGCUGGACGCGCUGUGACCCGCAGUCGCGCAAGAUCCUGCUGCCGGAGCUCCUGCCGCGGGUCCGUCUGCACCAUCUCCCGCCCGCCGCGCUAGAGGACGCCAAGCAGCUGCUAACCGACGACGGACCUUGCAUUAGCAUUGUUAGCGAAGCACUCGCGCGCACUCGCGAAUCCACCGGGUUGUUUUCCGAUGCUCGGCCUUCGACGACUUCAAGCUACAUUUUCGUGCACAAAACGGAGGAAAGCUCUGAGAAUCGGUGUACGUUCUGCUACGACGUCGGCGCUAACCGCUGGACGGAGUUGCCGCAGGACGCGGCGCACAUUUUAGAUCUACCCGGAUCGGCUCUCGUCAGCUUUGCAGAGAAGCUGUUCGUCGUCGGCGGAUGCCGCGGGAGUUGCCGUCGCGCGGUUCGCCUGCACAUCGCCGCGCCGGAGCACGAUGCUACGGAUGAAGUCUGGUGCUACUGUCCUGUCGCGCGUAGCUACACGCCAGCUCUGCGUAUGCACCACCCGCGUACCAUGCACACAUGCGUCGCCACUAUGCGCCGCAUCUACGCCAUCGGUGGGAAAAAUGUUCUAGAUGUGGAAUACUUUGAUCCCGUUAGCAACAUUUGGAAAUCCGUUAGCCCGCUUCCAAAGGGGAUCUACUUUCCCGAAGCGAGCGCAUGUGGAAGCGUUAUCUACGCUCUCGGAUCCGAGGUUGAAAUCUCCGAAGCCUUCAAUCCGUCGUUGGAUUGCUUCUUCCGCUACGACGCUGUCGCGGAUCAGUGGUGCCAGCUAGUGGCGGAGUUCGGACAGUUCUUCCACGCCACGCUCGUCAAGUCCGUGUCCAUGAACGACUCGCUGUUCCUCUGCGAUCUGUCCACGUAUAAAGUCUUCAGCUUCUGCGCGGACGCCUGCGCGUGGAAAGGCGAGGGGUCGUUCGAGUGCGCGGGGUUUAACGCAGGCGCUGUCGGCGUGCAGGAUAAGAUCUAUAUCCUGGGCGGGGAUUAUUCGCCGGACGAGAUCUCGGACGAGGUGCAGGUGUACGACAGCCGGCGCUCAGAGUGGCGGGAAGUGGCGCCGAUGCCGCGAGCGUUAACGGAGUUUCACUGUCAGGUGAUCAGAUUCAAUCGCUACAGAGACCCCUGGAGGACUGAUCACGACGAAGCCAUCGCAGACUAAACACAC